GCAGACGACAAUAAUAUUACGUUAUAAUAUAAAUAGGUAGGGGAAAUGGACAAGAGAAAUUAGUUUGUCCGCAGCAUUCCUUGUAUCAUGACUAACUAAAAGCAAUAACCUUUCUUAUUUAAUAAUUUCCUUUGUUUUAUUCAUUAAUCACUAUUGUCCUAAUUUAAGGUAUAUUACUUAUUAUCUAAACAAGCUUUUAAGAAAAAGUGAUCAAAGUAAUUUUUUCAAGUUUUUGUAAACUAACUGCACACAAAAGUAGGUAGCCUACCUACAAUGGAUUUGAUUCAUUUUAUUUGUACACUUGGAAUUUUUACUUUAUUUAAUGUUAUUGCUAUUUCUGAGUCAGAAAAACUUCAAUGUAUGGAUGAGGACAACAAACCAGUUGAUUGGUUCAUACUAUACAAAUUGCCAACAUCGGAAAAACCUAAAGGAAGCACUGAUGAAUCGUAUGGCAAAAAGUACUUGUAUAUGAGCUCUAGCACUAUAAGGUCGCCCGGUUGGAAAACCCCCAAAAAACUGAUCAGUGAUCCAGAUUCGAUGCCUGGUAAUACAUUGAAACCACUCUAUGCAACAGGAAGAUCGGGCCAAAUUUGGGUUCUAUACAAUGAUCAGCCUCCAUCAGAGGCCAAAGUGAAGGGUACAUGUGGCCACUCGAAAGGUGUUGUGGCUGCUAAUAGAGAGGGAGGCUUCUGGAUGGUUCACAGCGUUCCGAAAUUCCCAGACGGGCCCAGCAAAGGCCAGUAUAGUUAUCCAGAAAGUGGUUCCAAUAACGGGCAGACCUUUCUAUGUAUAACUAUGGGAAGCCAAGAAAUAGAGAAAGUUGCGGCUCAGCUUCAAAUGAAUGAAGUGGGCCUCUAUUACAAUUUCUACGAUGAAUCACUUGUCACCGUUUAUCCAAAAUUGGUGUCAAUUGCUCAAGGAACUGCAUAUAAAUUAGACACCGACCAAAGCAAGGUGGAUAUUAAAACUGUUGCGAAUAACGUUUUUACUUCUUUUGCAAAGAGCAGAAAAUUCUCUAAAGAUCUCUAUGAAGAUCUAGUUGCUCCAUCACUACUAACUAGUAUGUCAGUUGAGACAUGGCGCAAUGGAGCUGGUUCUCCCCUACCUUCCGACUGCUCAACUGCAUACAAAGUGAUGAAUGUUGAAAAUGUGAACCUGUGUGUCAAGAAAGAUUGCGACAGCUUCUCAUACACAAAAGACCAUUCAAAGUGGGCAGUCAGUAUUGAUGAUCAAAAACCUUAUAUCUGCAUUGGUGAUGUCAACAGAGCUUUGUCGCAGGGGAAAAGAGGAGGAGGGACUGUUUGCAUGAACAAUGCAAAGGUGUGGAAGGCAUUCUACUCGGCUGUCACUGAUGUGGAACCAUGUCCUCGACCCAGACCUUUGGCUAAGACUCCAUCUCUGAAGAAGAGCCCAUCAGUCAAUUUGGUCUAAUACACAAGACUUUCGCAGCAUUUCCCGUGGAACUACAGUAAUGUCUACACACUGUAGAUUUUCUAUCAUAUAAUUAAUUAUACAGUAACUACUACUGUACGAUUGAGUUAAGUAUUGCAGGUAAGCAUAAUAACAUUCAAUUCAAAUUUGAAUUAAAAUUGGUGAGUUUCCACCAAUAUGUCUGGGAUUUAUAUGUAUGGAAAGGGGUUAUUCUGUCUGUUGAACUUCUCUACCCAGUUAUAUAUGGGUAAUUUGAGCAAAUAUUUUUACUGUAGGAAAGUUGUAGCAUGAUUUGAUUUAGUCAUAGAUCUCUCCAAAUAAUUUUUAUUAUGGGACUACCUGCUUUUUAGCUUCUACUUCUAUUUUCGCUUUCCUGUUUCACUCCUCUCUGUGUGUUUUCCUUUCCUUUUUUAAAGUCUCGUACUAACACAUUCAGCUCUAAAUUAUCUAAACUUGGUGUAAGACUCUUAUUAUCGGGCCCUACUACACGGCUCGGAACUUAUGCUACCUAACUUAUUGUCCAACGUGAAAAUUCCAUAUCUAGUCUUUACACAAUUCAUUCAGAUUCAAUUCUUUUCAUUUUCCUUAUAUCAUAGAGAAAAGAUAGCUUUUAUCUAGUCUUUCAGCUCGUUUAUCUAUGCUUAUAGUCUACUAUAGUUAUUUUUUAUUCUGUUAUAUCUUCUACAUCUGUCUUCAUUCAGUUUCUGAUCUCAUAAAUUAAAAAUUUUUAUUUCAAUUGAACGAGGAUAUUGUAGCAUAACAUAUAUAAAUAUAAUGUUAUAAUUGAUUUCAAUGACCAAAAAAAUGUAUUCCUACUAGAACUCCGAAAUAGAAAUUAAAUAUUUUGCAAAAAAUUAAACUUCUAUUCAAAGUGAUUGCUUAUGAAAAUAUUGAAACAUUCUCAAGUAAUAGACUUAUUCCAUCAUUGACUAAUUCAGAUUUUACAGAGUAAAAUACAUUAGCCUAUCUUUUCUCAAAAAAAUCAAUGAGUUUCUUUCUAUCUUCAACUAGUAGAACGAGAAUAAUAUUUUAAUAAAUCUUAAUUUGAUAACCUUCUUCUAUCUAUAGUUAGAAUGUGAUUCAAGUACGAUAAUCAAGAUUAUACCAUCUUUACAAACGUUAUUUGAAUAUUUAAGCUCAUAAAACGUUGAAAGAACAUAUUCUUCAAUAAGAAAUAAUUCAUUUCAUUUAAAUCAUUUAUGAAUAUGAAAAAUUGACAGUACUUGCCACUUUAAAAGCUGUAUGGUUCUAUAAUAGAUGAAUUUUUAUAAUAUUAUUAAUAAUAUGAAAGGUACAUUAUUGAUGAUUCAAUAAAUUUUUAAAAUUAACUGAUAUAUUAUCGGUUCCUAUGAUAUUCUAAUCUUGUUCUCUGAGCAAUCUUUUCUGUGAUAAAUAUAGCCAUUAAGAAAAACGUUUCAAAAAAUAUAUUUUAUUUCCAGAGUAAUUUAUAAAAAUAUAUACUGUAAUUGAGAAAAUGUACAGCAUUUUAUCAUAAAUUUAUAGAAAGAUUUAUUUAUGAUAUUGAAUAUAUACAGUUUAUAAUAUAUACAUUUAUAUAUACAAAUAUCCUUUACUUUUAUCAAGUAUUUUAUAUCAAUUAAUUGGUAUCAUUUAAUUCUUGUAUUGUGAUAAUUUGUUAUUGCCGUGAAGAAAAUAAUUUGUUAUUGGUAUUUGAAAUUGAUUCAUGAUAUAUAUUUUUUAUUCUUUUGAAGGAAUGUGUGAAAUCAGCAUGAGUAUAAAUUGUCAGUAGUUCAGUUUUGUAUAUUAUAUAUAUAUUUAUCAAUUAUAUUUGUGCUAUUUUAAUUUAAUUGUUUCACGGGUGUGAAGAGACAUGUUGUUAUUAUGAAAAUAAAGAUUUUAAUUUUCUUGUUGA